GAUGUGAGUUGUUGUAGCAACCGUCUUUAGGCGACAUUGUGUGAAUAUGACUAUAUCUUAGUCGUUUCAGCGUCGCUCAGUGUCGUUUACGUUCGCCUUGGAUAAAGUAAAUGAUAAAGCAAAUAAGGUAGCAUUUGUUUGCGGCUGUAGUUUAAGUAAAUAGUGGCUCAGUAUGUCGGCUGUCAGCAGCCUCGUCCCUGCACGGUUCUUGACUCUUACAGCUCACCUUGUCAUCGUUAUCACUAUCUUUUGGUCGAGGGAAAACAACGUGAAGGCUUGCUUGCCUUUGGAUUUCACGCAAGAGCAGUAUGACGAUGAAGACAGGAAGUUGGUGGUGGCAUUGGCAGUCACCCUCGGUCUGUUUGCUAUAGAGUUGGCUGGGUUCUUCUCAGGAGUGUCCAUGUUCAACUGCAGCCAAGGUCUCCUGUCAACAGGAGUCCAUGCCAGUGCCUCAGUGGCUCUGCUUUUCUUUCUAUUUGAGCAGUGGGAGUGUGACAUCUACUGGUGGAUCCUUGCCAUUUGCAGUGUGCUACCUGCUUUUGUGGAGAUUCUUCUGUUUAUAGCUGUUUUUGGACUGAAGAAGAAGCCAUUAUGAAAGACAGUCCUGAUGUGAAAUGCAACAAUUUAGUGUGGAGGUGAACAUAUGUCUCAAUCAAGAAAUCAAUCAGCAUCAACAGCUACUGUCAUGAGGUACAGAGAAUUGGACGGAAAAACUAUGUUUAACUACUGUAUUACCUUCAUACAGUGCACCAACAAACAUCAAAGGGAUAUACAAGCCGCUCUCUGCGAGUUUUUUUUAUACGAAGAAAUAAGUGCUAAGUUGUCAGUAAGCAUUGAUGUGGUUUUCUCUUUCCAGUCUGUCUGUCAAAUGUCAAUGGAUAUCUUAGAAUGCUAGUCAAAUACAUUUUGUAAAAAAUCUUUCUUA